ACAGGUUAAGUAUUCUUCCCUCUUUCAGCCAGGGCUAAACUCAUAAGACAACACACAUCGGCUUCAGAAAACCAGUACCUCGCCGGAAUACGUCCGAUAACUGACCUCUGACUCUCCGACAGCAGCCAGGACUGAAGCCUACCCUAGCUUAUUCGUAGUUCCGCCACUGACGCCAGCCUCACCACCGAUUGUAGAUAUCUACUGGAAAUUUCUCCGUUUAGCUGGCGACGAUGUUCUUGUCGGCGAGCAGCAGUGAUGAACGUGAGGUGGAAGCGAGCGUAUGGGAAACGGAUAUAGUAGAGGAUGGCGUAUCAUUUACCCCUAAUAUGAUGAAGCACGUGUUCAAAUGUUCUGAGAGGCGAACCUCCUUUGACUUAUAUCCUGAAAACUUAUACUUGGAUACUGAUACAAAAAGAGCUGCAUUAUGUACUUCUGCAUCUGUUGUCAGUAUUAUAUCUUAUUUAGGUGAGAGCGAAUUAUAUCAAACUUCUGGAACUAUCAUUGCAAGUUAUGACAAUUGUGGCAUCAUAUUGACUUCCGCCAAUUUAGUCAAGUGUCCGACUAAUCAGAGUUCUCAAGAAGAUAUUGUUAAGGUUAUCGUGUAUCUAUCUGAGAGUGAAUCAUUUGAGGGUAAGAUAAUGGCAUGCGAUUUCCAUUUCAAUCUAGUUGCUCUAAAGAUUCAGUCCGAUAGUCCAUUGCGAGCUGCAUGUUUGGCAAAUUUGGGCGAUUCUUUUAUAACUGGGGGUGCAGUGAUCGCUCUUGGCCGCUUUUUUACUAGGGGAUUUCCGCUCAUGGCAGCUCCCGGUAUAUUCAGACAUGGUGGUUGCGAAUAUGACUGUAAAGAGCUUUUCAGUGCAACUUGCAAAAUUACAAGAUGUGGUAUUGGUGGUCCACUUAUCAACCAGUAUGGAGAAGUUAUUGGAAUUUGUUUCCAUGAUCACUCUUAUACUCCAUUUUUGCCAAUCAAUAUAGCUUCCAUGUGGUGGGAUCAUUACAAGAAAUUUGGGGAGUCACGUCGACCUUCGCUUGGCAUGAAAGUGGCUAAUCUUCACACAGCGGAUCUUGGUAUUUUAGAAUAUUUCUCUCGAAAGUUCCCAAACAUUGUCGGAGGUAUUAUUGUUGAGAAGGCUCAACCAGGGUCUUCUGCUCAUUCUGCUGGAAUACAAUCCGAAGAUGUUAUUGUUCAAUUUGAUGGAACAAAUGUUCAAAGUUUCUUUGAGUUAUUUAAAAAAAUGUGGAGUAAAGUUGGCGACAUUGUCGAGGUGGUUGUGAUUAGAGCAAACACUGACGAUCCUUUGCAUCUUAUGAUGCGCGUGGAUGAGGCAACUGAAGAGUACAAUUGGCCCCUUUUUGAGUUCGACCAAUGAAUGUCGAAGGAAAGAUGCUGAUGUUGAAAGUCAACCCAUCAGAGGGUUCUUUGUUCGAUUGCUCUUGCUCCACCAAAUAAAUCUGGAUUUUGGUAGAGAACAGUUUUAUCUAUGGUUAAUUAUUUUGAUUCUCAUGGCUUUGGUGGCUUUAUGUUUUGACUUCAUGUCUAAAAAUGUGAAGACUUCGUAAUUUACAGCCACAUUAGCUCUCUGUUAUGAACUCAAUGUUCUUGUUUUAACAUAAUUAUCAAAUGUGUUAUUAAGCGAAUUUAUCACAUUACUGGAAGACUGUACCAUCUUUUCAUUUGCAUUUAUAAUUCUUAUAUUUUAUUGGUAUACUAACACUUUUGUUUAGUUAUAA